AUGUUCAUGCAUAUUAUUGGAAAUGUGGAGAAAACUAAGUUUUAUACUAAUUUGUGGCAUCCUAAUGGUAAGUUAGUUGAUUGGGUCAAUAAGGAUACAAUUGAUGAGCUCUGUUAUGGUUCUGACUGUCGAGUGGCAGACUUUCUAGACAAUGAGGGUUGGUAUUUUCCUGAUGCUAUGAAGGAUGAAUUGCAACAGACUGUUUUACAACUCAAGGAGGUGGAUUUUGAUAUGUUUGUGGCAGAUAUGGUUGUAUGGAAGCCUAGAAAAUUUGGGGAGUUUACAGUGAAAGAUACUUAUAUAGCUCUGGAUGGUGAGAAGGAUGAUAUUAUGUGGAAGAAUCUUGUGUGGUUUAAAUCUCAUAUGCCUAGAUAUUCUUUCAUCACUAGGUUAUGUUUGCACGGUGGACUGAAAACCAAAGAUAAAAUGGUGAAAUGGGGCUUAUUAUCAGUUGUUACCUGUGUAUUAUGUGAGGAAGGACCUGAAACUGAAGAACAUCUGUUUCACUCCUGCAUUUUUUUGUGA